UCCCCAAACAGCGUCGGCCAUAUUUUUUUUCUUAUUUCAUAUCUUUGGGUUGAUUCGAACAAAGCGCUCUCAAAUACGCGCUAUUACCUGACCUUGAAUAUACUCUGAUGAAUCACGUUGUAUAAGUAACACAUCCUCCAGUCUGAUGUGAAGGUCUCUAGCCUUGGAAGGGUUCGUUAACCAUGACUGAGCGGUUUAACCAUUUCGCCCUGCGUGUGGCGGUCGCUCAGAUAUGCCAGUCCAUGGGCUGGGAUUCGCUCCACAAAUCAACCCACGACUUGCUCACAGACGUCAUGCAGAAAUACAUGGAGGAAAUUGCAAAGUCUGCACAUGCCUACUGCCAACUAUAUUGUCACACUGAACCAAACCUGGAUGACCUGGGACUAGCAUUCAGUGACACUGGAGUUUUGUUAAAUGAGCUUGAAGAUUAUGUGACUCAGGUAGACCAAGUUCAUUUUUUCCACCAGUUACCACGGUUUCCAAAGCCGAAGGCUUGCCUCCUCCAUCACCCGUGUAAUGGAGAGAUAGCUGAACGUGCUGAAUAUUACCAUGAGCACUUACCACCACUCAUCAAAGCCCUGCAGCCCACUGAAGAUGAAGGAGAAACGGGUCCAGCAGAAACAAUAGAUCCGGAAAAUGGCCAGGAACAACAAUUCUUGCGAAGUGAAAUUAAAACAGUUGCAGAAGAGACACACAAUGACCUUGUUGGUAACCUUACUGAGAAAAGGUCACUUGACAGCCCUUCUGAGGCUGAUACAGAAACCAAAAGGAGACGGCUAGAACAUGCUUUUCUUAGUAAGAAUAAUAAGGAAAAUGAGCUGGACAUUUUGCAAGCGCUUCAAGAAAAAAUCUCUCCAUCGCCAUCACCAUCACCAGACAUUUUACCCAUGGAUAUGGAUGAGAAAUCAGAAGGUGUCUUCAAGUUUACAGCAGGGCCCAUUCCACCAAAAGUCAAAUCAACACUUGUGAAGAAAUCUCCGGGAAAGACAGUCAAAGAAAAGAAAACAACAUCUAGCUUAUUGAAGUCUCCAGAUACUGGCGCUACUAUCAAACCAAAGGUUAAAAAGAGUCCAGCUAAAAAGAAGCAUCCAAAGAAAGCCGUGGCUGAAGCUUUAAAGAAUUCUAAGACAAAGUCUCCAUCAGCAACACCUUCCCCGAUAAGCUCACCCAUUAAAUCUCCGGUCACCUCUCCCAUUCUAUCCAAAGCCGCCCAACAAACAGCAAAAGAAUCUGCCUCGCCCAAGACACCCAAACAGACAAGUGUUAAAGUAGAGAGUCUAAAGUCUCCACCAAGCAAAAUACUAAGCCCAUCUAAAGAAAGCAGCAUUGAGCAAUUAUUGCCACUGGCGAGUGCCAUGGAAGAACCAGCUCCAACAAUGCCAAAACUGAUCUUCAAACCAGUUAAACAGGAGAAGGGUGCAGCCCCUGAAUAUUCAGUUGCACAAAUGGUGUCCCAUCUUGCUGAUCCUGAAGAGAAAAAGAAAGCAAAGAAACAUCCUGGUGAUCAUGCUGGACCAGCAUUAGGGGAGCCGAAAAAGAAGAAAAAGAAGAAGGGUACAAAUCAGGGUGGGACAUCUGUGUUCUCGAUAGCAAAUUUCCUGCCACCAAGCUGCUCCACCCCAGAACCUGGUCCAUCUAAUCCGUUAGGUGAUGAAGUUAUCAAGAAAAAGAAGAAGAAACACAAGGACAAGGAUAAAACUAAGGACAAGCACAAGACGAAAAAGGUAGAGACUCAAGAUAAGCACAAGAGGAAAAAGAUUAAACAAGAAAACAAGGAAUUUAUGCUUGACCCUCUCUCUAUACCUGGUAACAGUGGAAGCUCAAUCCCUCGUAUCAAGUUGAAGCUUGAGCCUCCCAGUACAACAGACAUGCUGGCUACCACAAAGGAGGCUAAACAGCCUACUGCUCAAAAAAUUGUGAUCCACACCAAUAAGGAACCCAAGAUCAAGAAGACCAGUAGUCAUGUCGGCUUGCCUGGGUCCACCAUGGGGACAUCACACCUUAAACAGGAGCCUGACUUGUCUACCGCCACAUCAAGCCAGGCAAAGGACAGCAUUGCCAGGACUGUUGUGACAGAGACACUCUCUUCAACAGUGCAAUUGUACUUCUGCCCCGCAUGUGGGUUUGCUGACGAUGGCAGCUUCAUGAUAGGUUGUGACAGCUGUGACAAGUGGUACCACGGUUCAUGUGUGGGUGUACUUGAUGAUCCUGGAGGGGACUGGUACUGUGUUCAUUGCACGGCAAAGAAAGCCAAGAAAAAGAAGAAGAAAAAAAGCAAAGUCAAGGAGAAGCUCAGGACAAUGUAAAUAAAUAUUGAUCGAAAACAAUUUGAUACUCAUAAGCGUGUACCCAUAUUGUGUAUGUAUGUAGAGCAACAGUUAAGAAAAGUAAAACAACUUGCUACUUCUA